CCGGCCCGAACGUUCUUCCGCUGAGCUUUGCCACGUUCAACCAGUGUACGAGGAGGUGGAGAAGACUGAAGGAAGCCCGUGGACCUGUUGUGAAGAUUUGGCCCCGGGACAAGCGUUUCUUUAGAAGAAGGCGGACAGGGUUUCUUCUGUCGACGGUGGGAAGUGUGAUUGCGACUCUCGAGCAUCAGCAGCAGCAGCAGCCAGGAGGGAGGAGAAAUCCGAGCCUGCCGAGGCACCUGAGGAAGCAAACAUGGGGGUUUUGACGCAGAUAUGGGAAGCAAUCCCUGUCUACACAGGAUUGUCGUCGGUGACGUUUUGCACCCUGGUGGCGCUCUUGAUGGCCGUAUAUUACGUUGUGAGUGUGAUGUUCGCGCCUCCGGAGUUCAAGUAUGUGCCCAUGGAGCCUCUGCCACCUCCUGUACAACUUGGUACGAUGACCGAGGAAGAGCUGAGUGUGUAUGACGGCUCCGAUCCCAAGAAGCCUCUCCUGAUGGCUAUCAAAGCUCAGAUCUAUGAUGUCUCGCAAUCCAGAAACUUUUAUGGCCCCGGAGGUUUUUAUUCGCAAUUUGCAGGAAAGGACGCCAGCAGAGCCUUAGCAAAAAUGUCUUUCGAAGAGAAGGAUUUGAACGGUAAUUUAGAGGGUUUGAGCCCCUACGAACUUGAUGCACUUAACGAAUGGGAGUUCAAGUUCCAGGGCAAGUAUGUGAAGGUGGGUCAGCUUGCAAAACCUGAAGAAUCCUCGGGACAAACUGUUAGAGAGAUCCCGGUGAAGGAAGCCAGUAACGAGGAAGCUAAAGUAGAAGGAGAAAACCCUGUGACAGUGGAUGCCGAGACAAAGAAAGACGAAUGACUCUUUCAUCUCAAAAAACAGGUUUAGGCACGCUCUUUGAAACCAGGGUCCUGUAAUGAAUUUUACCCUAUCUUUUUAAGGUCAAUGAGUGACCUUCAUAGUUCAAAUGUAGACCUUGGAAUGUGGUUGUUUUUCCGCAGGUCUAUUAAAACUACACAAGUAUCGGAAUGGAAAGUGCUUAUUAUAAGCUGCGUCGGUCCAUAUGUAAUUCUGUAGAUAUAUUUUGUAGACGUGUAAUAUUUCUAGAUACUUAUUUGGUAAGAGAAUGAUGUCAAUGACAAUGAUCUUGCCUUGGCCAUCUGGUGAUCAGAAAAUGCCUUGAUUAUUAUUUUGCCAGUCCAACAUUC